CGCGGGACGGGGCGCCGGAACGCGGUGGGGCGGGGAGGCGACUUCAGCCGGGAGCCGGGCUGCGGGCGUAGCAGGGCCGAGCAGCGGCGGCCGGGCCUCGUCCCGACGGAAACGCCCCGGAGCCGUGCAGGGCAGCGCUUUUCAUCCAGCUGUGCGUUGCAGUGAAAUUGUACCUCGUUAGGUUGGUAGGUGCGGCCAGGCACAGCUCCGGACAGCUGCCGACCUGCUCCAGCCGGGAUCCGGAUGGCUGUGUUAGGUUCGUAGUGCUGGGUGCGCUGCGCUGAGCUCCGUGAGGAUUCCCCGAGGGCCGGACUGCAGAGCCGUGCCAGCACUGGUGUCCGGAGUGGGGCUGCUCCUCUGGCCAGUCAGUGACUUCUGCCAUGGCUGUGUAUGUGGAUCACCGGACAGAGGCUCCGGAUUCAGUGGCCUCCCCUUCUCUUAUAACGUGGCACUCUGUCCAACCUCUCCUGGCAGUCGCUUCCAUCAGCACAGCGGCAGGAGGCUGUGUGGAUAUCUACCUGGAGCAGGGAGAACACGUGCCUGACACACGCGUGGAGAGAAGCUCUCAGGUCACAUUGCUCUCCUGGCACCCUUCCAGGCCGAUCCUGGCAGCUGGCUGGGAGACUGGAGAAGUCGUCAUACUUAACAAACAAGACAAGGAGCUCCACACCAUGCCACCAAACCACAGCGCCAAAAUCUCUAUCCUACAGUGGAGCAGCAAUGGCUCCCGCCUGGUGUCUGGGGACAGGCAUGGUAUCUUGUUUCUAUGGAGAAUGGACCAGCGAGGUCGAGUGCAAGGUCCUCCCGUGCUGAAACACGACUAUGGAAAAUGUCUGUCGCACUGCAUCUUCCGACCGCCCCCUCCUGGCGAAGACUUCCUACAGCUGGCAAAAGCUGCUGUGAGUGGUGAUGAGAAAGCCUUGGAUAUGUUUAACUGGAGAAAAGCUGGAACAGAAGCACCUUUGAAAACAGGACUCCAGGAAGGACUGUCCUUCUUUGUCACCUUGACUGAUGGUUCUGUGCACUACAUGAAUGAGAAAGGAAAGACAAGCCACAUAUUGUCAGCUGACAACCUUGUACAGAAGCUUCUGUUCAUGGAGAAAAAAGAUGCAUUGGUUGUAAUAACGGAGAACCUGCUGUUGUCCUUGCAUACAGUUACUCUCGAGGGAGAUGCCAAGGAGCUCAUGAAGGUGAAGUUGAGUGGGAAAACUGGUAAUUCUGCAGACAUCUUUUUAAUAGACCAUAGCCUUAUUGUUACAGCAAUGGGUGAGACAGUACUCAGGUUUUGGGAUUUGGACCGAGGUGAGAACUAUGUGCUCUCCCCCGAUGCGCAAUUUGGCUUUGAGGCUGGGGAGUGCAUGAACUGUGUUUCUUACUGCAGUGCUAAAGGUCUCCUAGCAGCUGGUACUAACAAAGGGAGAGUGGCAAUGUGGAGGAACAUGUCAGUAUCCAGUCAGAGCACAGGGGCUUUGGAGGGCAAGGAGAAGUGGAAGCUCCAUGCAUCUACAGAACUUGAAGGAAAUAUCACUCAGAUAAAGUGGGGCUCCCGAAAAAACCUCCUGGCAGUGAACAGCAUCAGCUCUGUGGUCAUCCUCAGUGAGCAGGCCAUGUCGUGUCACUAUAAUCAGCAAGUGGCUGCUGUGCAGGUGUCUCCCAGCCUGUUUAAUGUGACCUUCUUCAGCACGGGAGCCACACACAAUCUUCAUGUUGAUAUGACUGUGAACGGAGUCUUCGCUACCAAGGAUGCUGUAGUGCUCUGGAAUGGGAAGCAAGUUACUGUCUUUGAGUGCUCAGAAGAUACCUUAAGAAAUGCAGGCUCUUUUCUUUGUGACUCUCCAGUUCUGUCAGUGCAUGGAGAAAAUCUGUACACAGUUGAGCCGUAUCGGGUCCAAGUUCGUACCUGGCAGGGAACAGUUAAACAGCUUCUGGUGUUUUCUGAAGCAGAGGGGAAUCCGUGCCUCUUGGAUGUCUGUGGAAACUUCCUGGCUGUGGGAACUGAUUUGGCUCACUUUAAAAUCUUCGAUCUCUCUCGCAGAGAGGCAAAAGUGCACUGCAAUAGCAAGAAUUUCUCUGAGCUGUUUCCUGGCCUUGGAAACAUUGCAUCUGUCAAGUGCAACGCUAACGGCAGUAAAGUCAGCAUCCUCGUUAGCAAGGCAAAUGGGAGUACUGAUUCCAAAGUCUGUUUCUAUGAUGUUGAAAUGGACAAAGUUACACUCUUUGAUUUCAAAGCUGAACAAGGAAUUGGUAGAGAUAAGCUUUCUUCUGGGCAUGGUACUGGCAGGUCUGUUGUGGAGUAUCCAGAGCUGCACAAUCACAUCCCUGUUUGCCAUUUCUGGGACUGCAGUGAACCGAGACUUUUUGUAUGUGAGACAGCUCCUGAAACAGGGGUACGGCCCCCAGGUCAGAAGAACAGUCAGACUGAGAGCACGGUGGAUGUUUGGGUCGUAUCAUUCUUCAGUACUGAAGAACACGGCCUUUUGCUUCAGGACAGCUUCCCACUGCCUUCAUCGUGUGAGGUUCUUCUGGGCAUUGAUGUACCACAUUUUUACUUUGCAAAAAAGCCAGGGGAAACCGGGAAAGGACAAGCGGAGUCAGGCUCAAAGGUCUUGCAGAUGGCUUCCAGACGACCCAUGAGAGAUUUUGUUGGAUUAGGAGACUGUGAUAAGGCUACCCGGGAUGCCAUGCUGAACUUCAGCUUCUAUCUGACUGCUGGGGACAUGGACGAGGCGUUCAAGUCCAUCAAGCUGAUAAAAAGUGAGGCUGUCUGGGAGAACAUGGCUCGCAUGUGUGUGAAGACUCAGAGGCUUGAUGUUGCCAAAAUUUGCCUUGGAAACAUGGGUCAUGCAAGAGGAGCCAAAGCAUUAAGGGAAGCAGAGCGGGAACCUGAGCAGGAAGCCAGAGUUGCUGUGCUGGCAGUUCAGCUGGGCAUGCUGGAGGACGCAGAGCAGCUGUACAAGGCUUGCAAACGCUACGACCUUCUGAACAAGUUCUAUCAGGCCACAAACCAGUGGCAGAAAGCCAUUGAAACAGCUGAAGCUCACGACCGGGUUCACCUCCGCACCACUUACUACAGCUAUGCUAAGCACCUGGAGGCAGUCGGAGAGCACGCUCUUGCACUCAGCCACUAUGAGAAGUCAGACACACACAGGUUCGAGGUGCCCCGAAUGCUCUCUGAAGACCUGCAGGCAUUGGAGAACUACGUCAACAAGAUGAAAGACAAGAGCCUGUGGAAAUGGUGGGCACAGUACCUGGAGAGCCAAUCAGAUUUGGAAUCUGCAUUAAAAUACUACGCACUGGCUCAGGAUUAUUUUUCCCUAGUCCGUGUCCACUGCUUUCAGGGCAACAUUCAGAAGGCUGCUGAAAUAGCAAAUGAAACAGGAAAUUGGGCGGCUUCAUACCACUUGGCCCGCCAGUAUGAGAGCCAGGAUGAAAUCAAGCAGGCUGUGCACUUCUACACCAGGGCCCAGGCAUUUAACAAUGCCAUUCGCCUGUGUAAGGAGAACAAUUUAGAUGAUCAACUGAUGAACCUGGCUCUCCUGAGCUCUCCAGAAGACAUGAUAGAGGCAGCCUGCUAUUAUGAGGAGAAGGGGGAGCAAAUGGACAGAGCUGUGAUGUUGUACCACAAGGCAGGACAUUUCUCCAAAGCACUGGAGUUAGCCUUUGCCACGCAGCAGUUUGGAGCCUUACAGCUAAUUGCUGAAGACCUUGAUGAGAAGUCAGACCCAGCUCUGCUGGCUCGCUGUUCUGAUUUUUUUAUUGAACAUGCUCAGUAUGAGAAGGCAGUGGAAUUGCUGCUCACAGCCAAAAAGUACCACGAAGCUCUGCAGCUGUGCCUGAAGCAGAACCUGACCAUCACAGAGGAGAUGGCUGAGCGGAUGACGGUCUCUAAGGACUCCAAGGACCUCUCUGAGGAGUCCCGCAGAGAACUCUUGGAGCAAAUUGCAGACUGCUGCAUGAGACAAGGCAAUUACCACAUGGCAACCAAGAAGUACACACAAGCUGGAAAUAAGUUAAAGGCUAUGAAGGCACUGCUGAGAUCUGGAGACACAGAGAAAAUUGUCUUCUUUGCGGGAGUCUCUAGACAGAGAGAGAUUUACAUCAUGGCAGCCAACUAUUUGCAGUCACUGGAUUGGCGUAAGGACCCAGAGAUUAUGAAGAACAUCAUCAGCUUCUACACCAAAGGGAGGGCCCUGGAUCUGUUGGCAGGAUUUUACGAUGUGUGUGCUCAGGUGGAAAUUGAUGAGUAUCAGAACUAUGAGAAAGCACAGGGAGCACUGACAGAAGCAUAUAAAUGUCUUUCAAAAGCAAAGACCAAAAGCCCUCUGGAACAGGAAAGCAAGCUAGCACAUUUGCAAAGCAAGAUGGCUCUGAUAAAGCGAUUCAUCCACGCUCGGAGGGUUUACUCUGAGGAUCCCAAAGAAGCUGUCAGACAGUGCGAACUUCUCCUGGCUGAACAAGAUCUUGACGACACCAUCCGGCAGGGCGAUGUCCUGGGAUUUCUGGUUGAACAUUAUUUACAAGUGGAGGAAUUCCAUGUGGCUUACCAGUACCUGGAACAGAUGCGGAAAAGAAUUCCAUGCACAAACCUGGCUUACUAUGUCAAGCAGCAGACGAUUGAGGCGGUUCACCGAGGAGCAGGAAUUCCCAUCAGCCAAGCCUUGCUUCCAGAGCAGAGUCAGCACAGCAGCACAGAGAACAAGGAUGUGGAAGAAGAAGUGGCUGAUGAAGUGGAAGGGCCCUGACACCUCACAGUUAGCAGCACCAAGGCCGAGCACUGCAUCGUUUAUUCUGUAGUCUUUAGGGGUCACAGAUCAGUCAGCAACUGCUGCAGCAGACUCUUUUGAUUAUUACCAAGAAAUUUAUUUUUUUUCUGCUUGACUCUGUAAUCAACAGUGAUGGAUUAUUUUAAACACUACGUACAAAAAGCAGACUGUACCUAGCCUGGUAUGAAUCUAGUUUUUGUAUUUUAAUAAAGAAAAAUUUUAAAAGAGAGCUGCAUAUUGCAAGCUCAGGCCUUGUUUGAGGAGGAAGUAAGGUGAAAAAUUGUGAGCUGGCCAAAUUCUCAGGUACAGGUGCCAACAUACUUCUCUUUCCUUAGCAAACUUCUGAAAACAAUCUCAGUUCCACGUGGCCAGGAGCUUGGGCAGAAGUCAAACCACUGCCCUUCUACUGCACGCUCUCCUCACCUCAAAGCUUUAUUUCAAUAUUAUAGGCUCAUCCAGGCUGGAGCUGUGGUUUACAAGAAAGCUGGAGUUGAAGCCUCUGAAUUGUAGAGUGGUUGAGUUUGUAAGGGAGCCCUAGACGUCAUCUGGUCCCACACCCCACCUGUCUCUGAGCAGGGUCACCUGCAGCCAGCAAAGCCUCUCACUGCUCUGUGCAUGUCAGAUUUUAGAAUGGAAGUUUCUUUCUGGCACAAACGGGACCACAGGCAUGCAUGGAACAUAAAGCCAACAUCAAUAACCAAGGGCUCACUGAGCUUUCAGUGUCUUAUGGUGCCCCAUGAAAGCGUCACGCACAGAACUGUCAGAUUAAUGAGCCCUUCUGUUUGCAGUGAUUUUUUUUUGAUGACUUUGUGCCAAAUUUUGGUGUGACCAGGAAAGCCUUGAAUUGUAUGCACUCAGACAAGAAAGGUGAAGGAACAUUUUAAGAUCAGAAUCUGGUCCUCAGUUACUUCAGAAGAAUCUCCUGUCUGUCUGUGUAUUAUACAGAAAGAAUCACUUUGUUCCUUACUCACCCCAGUGCAGCUCUAACUCAAACCUUUAAGCCCUGGCAAUUCAUUUCAGAACUUUGCUGCAGCGAUUCAGUGCUUCCAUCUCUCAGGGUCAUCCCCUACACCACCUCCCCCUUGAAGCAGCAGCCCUCCAAUGCUGCCAGAGGAUGGGAGCCUUUGUCAGGGGGUGUCACAGACAGCCCUGCGAGGUAAGUGGCUGCUUCCAGCCCUCCUGUUUUUCUGACAAGAAGUCUGCUAUGAGAUCUUCCCUGUAUUUUUAGCAGAGCAUUCAAACCUGCCAAGGUUAUAAAUAGCUGGGGUGGGGGCUGGGGGCGAGGGGAGGAUGGCAGCGCUCGCCUGCCUUCCUGCAUCUGUACACCCCGUACCGGAUAGCAAUAGCUCACUAAGUUGGCCUCCACUACAAAGUCCAGAUGUCAAGUCAGGUUUGCUGGCUUACAGCACUGCGCCCUUCCCCCUUCUUCCUCUUCUCCAGCCAGGUGACUGCUGAAGAGGCCCCAGCAGUGCCUACACAAGUCCAGCUGGCAAGAGGAUGAGGUUAAGGUCAUUUCUUUUACCCUUCA